AGUCGCUGAGGCUGCUGGGAGUUUCUGUGUGAGUGCAGCAGGCAGAUAAGCGGCACAGAGAGUCUCCCCCGGGGAUAAGCAAAUGAGCAGCGGGGGUGUGGGGAUUUCCUCCCUGGGGGACACAGCGAGAGUUACACUGAGAGCUGCCACACUGCUCCUCUCCCUGGCACUGGCGGGGUUAAUAGAAUCUCCUGCUUUUCUUGUUGUUUCUCAUCAUUUCCAGGAAGAGCCGUGCCGCCGCUCAUGGAACCUCCCCGUUUUGGACUUUCCAGCCCUCAGUUCAGCAAGCGGCACAGUCGGAACAUGGGAGCCGUGUGAGGCAGCGGCGGAGCCGGGACAGCCAUGCCCGGGCACAAAGGUGCCUUCUUGGACAGCAGCACUGUAAUGGAGUUCAUGAGUACCACCAGUGACCAGAGGGACGAAACGGAGCUUUUGCUCACCUACCUGAAUGUAUCAGAUGUUGUUAACAUCAUGGAGAACUUUUAUCGAGAUGAGGAGGGCUGUACAGGGGGUGACAAACCCAUCCGGGAGUCACCUGAAGCCUAUGAAUGCGAGGAGAGGUCCGACUCUCUGUACCUCAGUGGCCAGGAACCGUCUCUUCUCUUAUCAGUCAAAUAUGGAAGCGACAGAGAGUUACUCAGUUUUGUAAAUCAGGUCACUGAUGCUACCAAGUAUUUGCAUGCCUGUCUGCAACAGGAAUGUGGAAUCAUAAUGAACAAGAUGCUGACUAUCAGAAGUGGUCGAUAUCAGGUAGACACAGACGUCCUGUUAUUUCCCUGGAAGAUGACUUAUAGGAACAUUGGUUCUGAUUUCAUACCUCGUGGAGCUUUUGGGAAAGUGCAUCUGGCACAAGAUUUGGAAACAAGGAAAAGAAUGGCAUGCAAGCUGAUCCCAGUGGAACACUUUAAGCCAACAGAGGUGGAAUUUCAAGUCCAGCUGCGCCAUGAGAAUAUCGCCGAGCUGUAUGGGGUCAUACUGUGCAACAACAUGGUCCAUCUUUAUAUGGAAGCCGGAGAAGGCGGAUCUGUUUUGGAAAAGCUGGAAAGCUGUGGCCCUUUGAGGGAAUUCGAAAUAAUUUGGGUCACCAAACAUAUUCUCAAGGGACUGGACUUUCUUCACUCCAAAAAUGUCAUCCACCAUGAUAUUAAACCCAGCAACAUUGUCUUCAUGUCAACCAAGGCAGUCUUAGUGGAUUUCGGACUGAGCAUUCAGAUGACUGGGGACCUGUAUUAUCCAAAGGAUCUGAGAGGGACUGAGAUCUACAUGAGUCCAGAAGUGGUUCUGUGCAGGGGGCAUUCAACCAAAGCUGAUAUAUACAGUAUGGGAGCCACUAUCAUUCACAUGCAGACUGGGUACCCUCCCUGGGUCAAAAGAUACCCGCGCUCAGCCUACCCUUCUUAUCUCUAUAUAAUACACAAACAGGCGCCUCCAUUGGAAGAUAUCGCUGAAGACUGCAGCCCUGCCAUGAAAGCCUUCCUGGCUGCAUUACUGGAGCGGAACCCGAAUCAGCGGCUGCCGGCUACAGAACUGCUAAAACAUGAAGCUCUGCACCCACCUCCUGAGGAUCAGCCUCGGUGCCAGAGCCUGGAUAGCGCCCUUUUCGAGAAAAAACGAUUACUGAAGAAAGAGCUGGAGCUACCAGAAAACAUUGCAGACUCUUCCAUUUACACAAGUGAAGAAUCAGAGCAGCUGAGGCGGCAACGAUCUCUCUCUGUUGACCUUGGAGCCCUGGCCGGCUACCUUAACAUCGUCCGUGGACCUCCAACUGUGGAUUAUGAUUGCCCCUAAAAGAGCAAGUCCAGGAGAUGCUUGUGUCUAUAGGGCUGUCUUUACUGAAGCAGCAGGAACUGCUCAGAACAUGAACCUAUCAAGCACCUCGGACCUUUAGUCACGAAAAAGGGGAGGGAACGGUAAUAUCCCUAAGUGUCCAAAGUUUCACGUGGGGUGGCAGAAUGUACUGACAUAUUCUGGGGGUCCUCAUGCUACUGACUGACCAAUGAGUCACUGAGAGUAUGCGAAUACUACUGGGGAUACCCUGUUGCUUCUGCCUAAUAGUUUAACUUCAAGAGUGAAUAACCAGUUAUCACUAAUAUAUGUGACAAAUACUGAUUCACAACUGCGCCCCUUUAACUACGUCUGAGGGAAAGGACUGGAUUCCAGUGAAAUGCGCCUCUUUGUUCUUCCGAUACGUAACAAUGUUUCGACAUGAUAUUCUGUACAUCCUGGUGGAUGAUUGUGUACGUUUGUAACGACAACUGCUCAUUAAACUCCAUUUUCGGAGGUUUCACACAGCCAGUGUAAAGCACAGUAACACUUUAGCUAUGAUAGAUA